ACCAAACUCUGUCCUGCAGAGUUUAGCUCUAACUUGCCUCAACACACCUGCCUGGAAGCUUCUAUUAUUAUACCCAGUAAGACCUCGAUUAGCUGGUUCAGGUGUGUUUAAUUAGGGGAGCUACACUCUGCAGAUCCCUGAUAUAAACGUUUCUUUAAAGCCAUAUGCAGUCACAUAUUUCUGUUUAUUAUUCUAACAAAUGUGUUUAAUGUAAUUUCACCUGCCAGUUUGUUGCAGCCAUAACACAUCUAAAACAUUAGCAAUUCUGAUAUUGACAAAACUGCCAUACAAUAAGCUCUUAAACAUUUCGAAUACAUAAUUAAUUUGUGACAUUUGCUACCACUAUUAAAGUAACUCACUCCAAUACUGUCAGCUCACUAGCGAUGAAUCAUGUCUGAAAAAGACGCGGUGCUCGGACUCGGUGAGUAAGUUCACUCGAUGACUGCUGUUACCGAUUCAGUCUGAUUUGUGAACGAAUCGUUCACGCCGAUUGAAUGAACAGGCUCAUUUGAUUCCUUGAAAAGAUUCGAUUGAAAAGAACGACUCGCUCGCGAUUCGAACGUCGCUAUACAACAUUCUAGAGCGGAGAGAAAGGCAGCGGAUUCCUUUCAUACUGCUACUAACACAGUCACACACAGACAGAGACGGGCGCAUUUUUCCACAUAAAUGGAGGCAAGGCCAUCGGGCGCCAUCAAACAGCCCUAAACCUGUAAACAUGGUGAAGGACCAAGAAGUGGAGCGCAUCGCAAAGAAGCUGGACAAAAUGGUGCAUAAGAAAAACACUGAUGGUGCCAUUGACCUGCUUCGGGAGCUGAAGAACAUGAAGAUGUCUUUGGAGACCCUACAGUCCACGCGGAUCGGGAUGUCUGUGAAUGCAGUGCGGAAGCAGAGCUCGGAUGAGGAGGUGCAGACACUGGCCAAAUCUCUCAUCAAGACCUGGAAGAAACUGCUGGAUGGAUCUGAGGGUAAAUCGGAGGAGAAGAAAAAAGGAGUAUCUCCCCUCCAGUCCUCAUCUUCUAAAGACUAUCCUGGAUCCAGCGACACCAGUAACAAGCCGGAGACGCCAAAAACUCCCACCACCCCCGUCACCCCCAAAUUCACCACCUUCCCACCCGCACCUGUCACGACGGACAGCGUGCGCACUAAAUCCAGAGAGCUGCUGGUGGCGGCCCUGCAGACUGAUGGUGAUUACCAGACAAUCGGUGUAGACUGUGAACACCUGGCAGCACAGAUUGAAGAUUGUAUCUACCAGGAGUUCAAGUCUACUGACAUAAAGUACAAAACCAGACUGAGGAGUCGCAUCUCCAACCUCAAGGACCAGAAAAACCCAGACUUACGCCGGAACGUCCUGUGUGGCAACAUCUCUCCAGACCGCAUCGCCAGCAUGACCGCAGAGGAGAUGGCAAGCGCAGAGCUGAAAGAGAUCAGGAAAGCGCUGAUCAAGGAGUCCAUUCGAGAGCAUCAGCUCUCCAAAGUGGGCGGCACAGAGACUGACAUGUUCAUCUGUGGAAAAUGCAAGGGCAAGAACUGCACUUACACUCAGGUCCAGACACGCAGCGCAGAUGAACCCAUGACCACCUUCGUGCUGUGCAACGAGUGUGGAAACCGGUGGAAGUUUUGUUAAAGACUAAAGUGAGCAGGAUUCUUCAUAUGAAGAGAUGACCUGAAUUCAUAGUGUAAGGAAAUGUUUUUUUUAUUUUGUCUUUU